UGCUGUGGUUCUGUGUGAGAGGCCAGCUGUGAGCAGGAGGGUCUACAGUCAGAGGAGCUGCGUUCAGGAGGAGGAAGUCAGAGGAUUGUUUGUUUUCCUCGUUUCUUCUUCUACGCCUGGAUCAGCCAGCGAGGUUUGUUUACAUGUUAUAUAACUUCCUGUCUUUGUUCUGCCGUCUUGCUGUUUCAUUGAGUUUGUGUUUUAGUUCCACGGUGGCGUCGUGUUGCGCUGUAACAACCAGACUGUACGUCCUGUAAUAAAGUCAUCGUCAGCAGAAUUAACUCUUUACUGACAGGAAGAGCUGGAGCUGAUCAGGAAUCAGUAGUAGCUCUGACUGCUCUGGCCGCCAUCUUCCUGCCUGCGCCUCCUCCUUCAUGUUUACGUCUGAAGACAGGAAGUGGAUGAACCACCUUCCUAAUGCUGACCUCUGACCUUCUGUGAUCUGACUGAUACCUGCUUUAAUCAGACAGAACCAGUUUGUUUCUCUGCUGACUGCUGGGUUUAUUUAUCAUGAGAGCCGUUACUGGGUUCUACUGGGUUCUACUGGGUCAGAACGGUUCUGCUAUGAGCGGAGGUGAUACCCAUGGUCUCUGCUGUAGUCAGAGGGAACGGGACCUCUGAGCAGGGCAGUAAACCCAGAGGCAGGCAUUAAACCACAGACCGGAUCACCGGGUGAAACUAUGAGGAAGUGAACGCCUCGCCUUUCCUCAGAACUGAUCUGGAUCCAACAGAACAUUCCUCUCUGGUUUACAGCAGGAAGCACCUUUAACCUGAAACCUCACAGCAAACUGUUUAUCCAAUCAGAGGAGACCUGACUCACCUGGACUAAAGGGGGCGGAGUCUAAAGGCUGACACUAACCGGUUCUACUGAACAUUUACAGGCUGCUAGCUGGGAGCUGUGUUCAGAGCCACUGGGCUCCUCCCCCUCCUCCUCCUCCUCUUCCUCCCUGGGUCUGUCUGUGAGAGCUGCUGCUUCCUGGAGGUGAAGAGACGCUGAAGUGUUGGCAGAGAGGUUCUGAAGGUUCUCUGAGGAGGUUCUGGUUGUUCUCUGACAGAAGAUGAAGGUUCUGCUGCUGCUGGUUGGGAUCCUGCUGCACGGGUCCCUGCAGGUCCAGCAGGUCCUCCAGGUGAAGGAAGGAGACCCGAUGGUCCUGCUGCCCUGUGAGUAUCCCACCUUCGAGGUGGACAACGCCACGGUGGUCUGGACCCGCUCCGACCUCACUCCUUCAACCGUCCACCGGCGCCAGGAGCACAGAGACGAGCUGAAGGACCAGAACCAGCUCUAUGAAGGCAGGACCUCCAUGAAGGCCGAGGCUCUGGAGAAAGGAGAACUGGACCUGGCUCUGACCCGCCUGCAGCUGUCUGACACCGGCAUCUACAGCUGCAGCAUCCGGGACAUCCGAGAAGAACUGAGACGGACACACGUAGAACUUCUGGUAGAUGGAGGUUUCCCCACCUGGGCCACGGUCCUGCUGGUCCUCCUCUGUCUCCUGGUCCUCUGUGUCUCUGGGGGAGUUUUAUUCCACUUCCGUACCUACUUCAUGGAAGAGUACCGGGUCCCGUUGGAGUACGGCGUGGACUCCGUCCUGCUGCCCUGCAGAACCACAGCUCGUCUGCCUGGAGACGUCAGGGUGGAGUGGACAGAUAAAAUAAACAGGAUAGUCCAUGUCUAUGAGGGCGGUACUGAUCAGACUGAAGAACAGAACCGGUUCUACAAAAACAGAACCCUGAUGGAGAAGAAGCUGAAGUCUGGAGACCUGAGUCUGACCCUGAAACACCCGACGGACGAAGACGAGAACAUCUACACCUGCAGCGUCCUCAGCAAGGCCGGACACGUCCUGGUGAAGAAACAAGUUCACCUCCAGAUCAGAGGAUCUAAGAAGCAGAGAUCUUCCUUCAUCUGACCUCCUGGAUGACCUCUGACCUCCUGGAUCACAUGAUCCUCUCUCCUACUGACCAGCGGCUCCACCUGACAUCACCUUGGUCUGACAUCUGACAGGCCGGAUGAGCAGAACCGGUUUUGGACCUCAGGGCUGCCGUUGGGUCUUUCUGGGAAACUGAACUUGUGACAGAGUCCAGAACACAACAGAACCAGGAUGGUACCUACCUCUGACACACCCAGUGGUCCAGCAGCCUUUGGACUCCGGUGUGAAUCCGGACCGACACCAAGUCAACCUGGACCCGGUCGGUUUGUUGGAGAAGGAACCGUAGAAUUAGACG